AUGAAUGGCCACGCAGCAGAGGCUCCUAUGAGCAAACAAGAUGAGGAUUUGAUGCAACUCACCUUGCAGCUCAGAAACAAGAAGGAAGAAGAGAAAUAUGCAACGUUCCACGGAGACAACCUCCUCGGGAAUCCAAUUGUUCCCAAGGUUGGCCUGUGGGAGGAUAUCAAGACUGUCUUUCAGCCCAGCAACUGGCCAGCACUGAAGCGGACCGCCGAUGGACUCAUCAAAGGCACUGGACUUGACGGACAAAGUGCUGCCACGAUUGCCGGCAGUCUUUCCGAUUACAGCGUCCAACGGCAAAAGUUUAUUGAUGAUCAAGUCAAGAACAAAUAUGACAAGAUGUUGCACCCACCAUUGACGUACCUCGGGGAUGCCUUCCAGUACCGAACUGCCGAUGGCAAGUUCAACAGUGCCCUCAAUCCGCAUCUUGGUCAAGCAGGUGCUCCAUACGCCAAAACAGUGCCGUCAAGAACAGCUCCGCUCGGUGCUCUUCCUGACCCUUCCGACCUCUUUGACAAGCUGAUGGCACGAGAGGAAGGUGGCCGGCAGAGCCAGUCGGGGCUUUCUGCCAUGCUCAUCUAUCAUGCUACCAUCAUCAUCCACGAUAUUUUCAGAACAAAUGACAACGACAAGAACAUCUCGGAUAGCUCGUCCUACCUCGACCUGUCUCCUCUCUAUGGUUACACCACAGAGAUGCAGCGCAAGAUUCGGGAUGACAAGUACAAGCUGGGUCUUCUCAAGCCAGACACAUUUGCGGAAGACCGAUUAUUAAGGCAGCCACCCGGCGUCUGCAUCCUGCUGGUCAUGUACAACCGAUACCACAACUACGCUGCAAGACAGCUGCUUCGAAUCAAUGAGAACGGCCGUUUCAGAGUCCCAGUCAUGUACGAAAAGACCAAGCUGGUCUCUUUGAUCAAGGAGCAUCUCCCUGAUCGCAACAUAUAUGGGCAAAAGGAAGACCUUGGUGCCAAUGUCGUCAAGCUGUGCGCUGAGUAUGAGAAGGUAUGGAGAGAAGCUCAAGCAGCAAGACCUCGAGAAGCACCGGAUGCCCCUCCAGAGCAGCCACAGGAAACCCCCGAAGAGAAGGCAGAGCGCGAGGCUGAAGAGAAACAAAGGCAAAAGGCUCUUGAUGCCAUUGCUGAGUUCGAGGCGUCCGCGCUGAACCAAAAGCUCAUCGAGUUGACAGAGGCUCUCGAGCUUCUCCUCGAGGAAAAGAAGUCGAAGCUCAAGGAUGAAUCUCCCCAGAAACUUGAAGAUUUCGAAGCCAAGUGCCAGGAUUUCGAGGCUGCCUGGGAGGCCGCUUGGAACAAGCAAGAUGAUGACCUCUUCAACACCGCGCGUCUCAUCACUUGCGGCAUGUACAUCCAGAUCUCCGUGCACGACUACUUGCGAGCACUUAUGGGCUUCCACCAGUUCAACACCAACUUCACUCUUGAUCCUCGCGCCGACUUUGACCAAAAGAAGACGAGUCGCGGCAUCGGAAAUCAAGUUACUGUCGAGUUCAAUCUGCUGUACCGUUUCCACUGUGCCAUCUCUCUCAAGGACGAGGCUUACACCGAGGAAUUCAUGCAGAAAGUGUUGGGAUUCAAGGACCCAAAAAAUACUCCGCUGCCGGUUUUCCUACAGACGAUGGCGGCAAUUAAACAAAAGUCCGCAGAAGACAAGAAGAACGGUAAAAAGGAUCCCGAGCCAUGGGAAAUAACGUUUGGUAUCCCCGAUGCGCCUACGCCAGCACCUGCGUCUGGUGAAGAUAGCAGCGCAGCAUCCGAGAACGGUUCGGAUAGCGGAAUAUCCAUGUAUGGUGUUGUUGGCACGGAAGCGCCCGACGAGACUGGUGGUGCUCGAGAGAAGCCCAAGAGGUCCAAGUAUUUCACGCGAAACUCCAUCACAAAUCUUUUCGACGACGCCCAGAUGCUGGAUGAACUCACCUCCGCAAUGGACGAUCCCAUCUCCAAUUUUGGCCCGCGCAAUGUCCCCCAGUGUCUCAAGGCAGUUGAGAUCAUGGGUAUUCUUCAAGCGCGUAAAUGGGAAAUCGGUACGUUGAACGACUUCAGAGACUUCUUCGGCUUGCCAAGACAUGCCACGUUUGAAAGCGUGACAAAGAACGUCGAGAUCCAAAACGCGCUCCGAGAUCUCUAUGAGCAUCCCGACAAGAUUGAGCUGUAUCCAGGCAUCUUCUGCGAAUCAGACGAACACAUGGGACUGGACCCUGGGCCGAGCGAGGCAAGCUCUGCGCUUUGGUCUGCCAUCUUCUCGGAUGCCAUCACCCUCGUCCGCUCGGAUCGUUUCUACACGGUUGACUGGAACACCAAUUCCCUGACCUCGUGGGGCAUGAAGGAAGUCACACCAAAUAAUGAGGUUUGCAAGAGCUCAGUCUUCCACCGCUUGAUCCAACGUGCUUUCCCGGGAUGGUUCCCAUCCGACACCAUCCGAUUCUUCCACCCGUUUUACACUGCGAAGCAAAACGCCAUCUACGCAGAGGCUCAAGGCUACGGCGAUCAGUUCAGAGAGACGGCAGCGCAGCAAGCAGGCAAGCAGAAAAAGCCAAAGCCCGACAUCGUUGUGGCCCCAGUGCAGAAGCCCCAGAAGCCGUGGUAUCUUGACAAAUUCAACGACAUCUCCAUUGUCUUGCAGGGAGAACAGAGCAAGAACUUUACGAACCCUGCGUAUUACUAUGAGGCCAACUUGCCCCAGAUUGUGAGAGCCGUUUUGGGCCCAGACCAGAAGCCGCCUACAAUCUCACCCAAGAUCCUUGAAGAUUACGUCAAGGGUGCAGAAGAGGGUUUGAAGAAGUAUCUUGACGAGUUAAUGAGGUAUAUCGUCAAGAGAGAGUCAAUCUCCAUGACAAAUUCGACAUUCCAGAUUGAUGCCACUCGAGAUUUUGCCAUUCCCAUAGUCACGCGAUAUGUCGCCGACUUUCUUGGCUUCGGCGACAAGCUGCGCAAAGUCGCCACCGAUGCCAAGGACAAGUACAGCGAGAACGAGAUCUAUCAGCACAUCACCAACUGCCAGGUUUUCCUGACGUACAAUGUGGACGAAACAAAAUGGAUGCCGCGUCGCCAGGCUUUCAAAACUUCGAUGAAAAAGUUGAUCGACUUGACCCAGAACGGGACCAUCUGGGAGGCCAACCAAUGGGGUAUUACGAGGGCCUUGUUCGGCAAGAAGCAGACCAAUCCCAUGCAUGAACUUGGAGUCUUUGUCGCGAAGCAGGUCUUGGACUAUGAGAGGGACCAAGCUAAGGCCGCUGCUAUCCUCCUCCUCAUUUGUCUCGACUUUGCCUACAACGCGGUCGUUUCAUUUACGGCUACGUUAGACGGCUACAUGAAGGACCUGUACAGAGCCGCUGAUUCUACACCACUUACCAUCAAGUCGGAGCCAAAGUGGAUCGAGGUUCAGAGAUGUGUCUUUAGCACUUCCAGCAACGCCGAUAGAGAUCUUGAACAGAUGGUCCAACUGAUGGCCCAGGCAACGGUUCGACUGCCGAUUGUGCGCAAGGCCACCACGACGGACAAGUACGAAUUUGGAUGGACAACGAAGGGAAGAAAGGUCCAGGUAAAGAAGGGGGAGACGGUCAUUCUCGACCUUUCAAAGGCUAUUGACGAAGCAGAGGUCAAGAGCGAUGCGGCCAAGGUCGAAUUCUUGACUUCCCAACUCAACAUUGCCGACAAGUAUGGUGUCUUCUCGCCAAGACGCUUCACCACUCUCUCGCUAGUCUCGAUGAUCAAGUUUGUUGCUCAGAUGAAGAAUCCCCGUCGCGGCCACGAUGCACAGGGAAAACUCAAGAAAAUUCGCCUCGAUUCCACCCCCGAGGGCUACGCCAACUACAUGGCGCCCAUGCGGGUGAGCUGGAUCAAGGAGCAAACAAAGCGUCUCAAGGAUAAAGACGCCGACAAGAUCUUCACCGAUGACAUUCUGCGACCGGAAGCCGAUACGUACCUCACGCCAACCUGGGAUGAAUUCGUGCCCUUCCCCAUGACGUGGAAGAUUCGCUUCGAUGGGUUCGGCGAAUCGAAUUACAUGGUGGACAGUCAUCCCUAUGGUAGGGUCAAAACUACGCCCACCCUUCCGGAUUUCUGCCCGCCGUGGUAUCAGCCGCAAGGCCUUAGCACUGUCGGGGGGGCGUUUGCCUCCGAUUGCAUUUGCGCUGCUGCGGGAGCUGAAGCUGAAGCCGGGGGCCAACUUGCGAACGGUGAGGCGGGCAAGGGCAAGGAGACGGAGCACAGCCAUGAGUGCCCUUGCCUUGGCCGCUUGAAGAGGAAGCUAGAGCCCAAGACUGCCCAACUGUCGACUGGAUGUGGCUUGAGUGAUAACCAUGUGCACAAGUAG